AUGCUAUUACUAAAUGCAUGUUUUUUAAUAUUUCAACCAGGUUUUAACAUAACUAACUUGUGUACAACAAAAGAUAAUGAGGCUUGUCUAUCAGUUAGUCGUGUCAAUGCUGUUAAUCGAUUACGUCAAAUGAAUUGGAUAACAGAUGAAAUAUUAUCGAUGCAUAAAACACCUUUACAGUUGUUAAAAGAAUUAAUUCAUAUUCAACGUUCAAAACUACAACAAUCUGAUGAAUUCCAUCUUUCUGAAAUUCCAUCAAAUGAUGAAGCAGUACAAAGUGAAUUGGCUGAAUUUCAUGAAAGAUUAAGUCAAUUAAUUCAAAACAAUAUUGAUUCAAUCAAGCAAUUCAAUGAAAAUACCACAAUUGAGAUUUACAAUGAUCUUACAGAUACCUGGUCAACAUUGAAAUCUAAUCAAAUGAACUUAAUUAUCAUCCGUUAUGAUGAAUAUAACACCACUGGGGAGGCUAUACAUCCGACAGAUGACAAUAUCUGUAGAAAUAAACAUCAGAUUCUUUUGAAUAUAUUGAAUAAAAUAAGAAAACAUGAAUUUAUUCUAGCCGCUUUGUAUUUGGGUUACGUUGACAAAGUACACAUCAGCCUAUUCGAUAAUAUCCAGUUGAAAAAUUGUCAAAAUAUUAAGCUGAAAGAACCAGGUCAAUAUGCAAUACUUGCUGUAAUAAAUCCGUACAUGUUGGCCUCGUUAAUGGAAAUAGUAAGUGAAGAAUUAGAUACAGACAGUACAGCAAAUGAAAACAUGAACAAUGUAUACAUUUCAGAUGAAUAUCAAUCGCCUAUUGACCAGUUGUCGCCAAUUCAAUCAUUUCUACUGCCAAUAUGUCGAAUUACAAACGAAUAA